AUGUUUAACGCUACUGUGUCGAAAGUGAAUAAGCUGCUUGGACCACUAAAGCUUACUUGCCCACAAUUAACAACUGUGUCAGUCAGAUGGACAUUAUAUCUGUUCCCUGUUAAAUCACAACUCUGUCAAAGCCAAAGUGAAAGUCAAAGCCACCUUCAGGGCAAGAUAGAGCGCGUGGAGAGAAGAACCACACGAUGGAUACUGCGGUCUCGUAUCGGAGAAAUGUCUUGCAAGGAAAGACUAAUUAGACUGGACAUGUUACUACUAGUAUUAUGAUAGAGAGCUCAAUGAUAUAACAUUUGUUUACAAAUGCUUGUAAAGGCAAACAGAUCUAAACGUACAUAACUUCGUUUCUUUUGUAACUCACGGCCAAACUAGGCAAAGUAAUUCCUUUAAGUUAAAAAUUUCUUUUCGCAAAACGUCCGCAUUUAAGGCCUCUUACUUUAAUAGGAUUGUCAAAUUACGAACUUCACUU